GCGUGGUGGAAGGACACAGUGAGGUUUUCACCCCCGCCCCCCGCCCCCCGCUCCCAUCCCCAGUUCCAUCAAAGCGAACCCGGGCCAGCGCAAGGAUCUCCGAGUUGCGAGUGUGCUGAGGCUGGGACUGUCACUCAUUCUCUGAUCAGCGCGUGAACGCAGCUCGGCAGCCGCUGGCAGGAAACAAUUCUGCAAAAAUAAUCAUACUCAGCCUGGCAAUUGUCUGCCCCUAGGUCUGUUGCUCUGCCGCCAUCCACACUCGCUGCAAGGGGGGGGCGGCACAGAAUUUACGGCGGCAAGAACAUCCCUCCCAGCCAGCAGAUUACAAUGCUGCAAACUAAGGAUCUCAUCUGGACUUUGUUUUUCCUGGGAACUGCAGUUUCUCUGCAGGUGGAUAUUGUUCCCAGCCAAGGGGAGAUCAGCGUUGGAGAGUCCAAAUUCUUCUUAUGCCAAGUGGCGGGAGAUGCCAAAGAUAAAGACAUCUCCUGGUUCUCCCCCAACGGAGAAAAGCUCACCCCGAACCAGCAGCGGAUCUCAGUGGUGUGGAAUGAUGACUCUUCUUCCACCCUCACCAUCUACAACGCCAACAUUGAUGACGCCGGCAUUUACAAGUGUGUGGUCACUGGCGAGGAUGGCAGUGAGUCCGAGGCCACGGUCAACGUGAAGAUCUUCCAGAAGCUCAUGUUCAAGAAUGCACCAACCCCACAGGAGUUCAGGGAGGGGGAAGAUGCUGUGAUCGUGUGUGAUGUGGUCAGCUCCCUCCCCCCAACCAUCAUCUGGAAACACAAAGGCCGAGAUGUCAUCCUGAAAAAAGAUGUCCGAUUCAUAGUCCUGUCCAACAACUACCUGCAGAUCCGGGGCAUCAAGAAAACAGAUGAGGGCACUUACCGCUGUGAGGGCAGGAUCCUGGCACGAGGGGAGAUCAACUUCAAGGACAUUCAGGUCAUUGUGAAUGUGCCGCCCACCGUCCAGGCCAGGCAGAGCAUAGUGAAUGCCACCGCCAACCUCGGCCAGUCUGUUACCCUGGUGUGCGAUGCCGAAGGCUUCCCAGAGCCCACCAUGAGCUGGACAAAGGAUGGAGAACAGAUAGAGAAUGAGGAAGACGAGAAGUACCUCUUCAGUGACGACAGUUCAGAGCUGACCAUCAGGAGGGUGGAUAAGAAUGAUGAGGCGGAGUACGUGUGCAUUGCCGAGAACAAGGCUGGAGAGCAGGAUGCAUCCAUCCACCUCAAAGUCUUUGCAAAACCCAAAAUCACAUAUGUAGAGAACCAGACUGCCAUGGAACUGGAGGAACAAGUCACUCUUACUUGUGAAGCCUCAGGAGACCCCAUUCCCUCCAUCACCUGGAGAACUUCCACCCGAAACAUCAGCAGCGAAGAAAAGGCUUCGUGGACUCGACCAGAGAAGCAAGAGACUCUGGACGGGCACAUGGUGGUGCGCAGCCACGCCCGCGUGUCAUCCCUGACUCUGAAGAGCAUCCAGUACACAGACGCUGGAGAAUACAUCUGCACUGCCAGCAACACCAUCGGCCAGGACUCCCAGUCCAUGUUCCUCGAAGUGCAAUAUGCUCCCAAGCUGCAGGGCCCCGUGGCUGUAUAUACCUGGGAGGGGAACCAGGUGAACAUCACCUGCGAGGUAUUCGCCUACCCCAGUGCCACAAUCUCGUGGUUCCGAGACGGCCAGCUGCUGCCAAGCUCCAACUACAGCAAUAUCAAGAUCUACAACACCCCCUCCGCCAGCUACCUGGAGGUGACCCCAGACUCUGAAAAUGAUUUUGGAAACUACAACUGUACUGCAGUGAACCGCAUUGGACAGGAGUCCUUGGAAUUCAUCCUUGUCCAAGCAGACACCCCAUCUUCACCAUCCAUCGACCAGGUGGAGCCAUACUCCAGCACAGCACAGGUGCAGUUUGAUGAGCCAGAGGCCACAGGCGGAGUGCCCAUCCUCAAGUACAAGGCUGAGUGGAGAGCAAUGGGCGAGGAAGUGUGGCAUUUCAAGUGGUAUGAUGCCAAAGAAGCCAACAUGGAGGGCAUCGUUACCAUCGUGGGCCUAAAGCCUGAGACGACGUACGCGGUGCGACUGGCAGCCCUCAAUGGCAAGGGUCUGGGUGAGAUCAGCGCAGCCUCCGAGUUCAAGACGCAGCCAGUCCAUAACCCUCUUCCACCGGCUCCUGCUAGCUCUUCGACCCCUGUCCCAUUGUCUCAUCCAGAUACAACCUGGCCUCUGCCUGCCCUUACAACCACAGAACCUUCUAAAGGGGAACCCAGUGCACCCAAGCUCGAAGGGCAGAUGGGAGAGGAUGGCAACUCCAUUAAAGUGAACCUGAUCAAGCAGGACGACGGUGGCUCCCCCAUCAGACACUACCUGGUCAAGUACCGAGCGAAGCUGUCCUCCGAGUGGAAACCAGAGAUCAGGCUUCCAUCUGGCAGUGACCACGUCAUGCUCAAGUCCCUGGAGUGGAACGCUGAGUAUGAGGUCUACGUGGUGGCUGAGAACCAGCAGGGAAAGUCCAAGGCGGCUCAUUUUGUGUUCAGGACCUCGGCCCAGCCCACAGCCAUCCCAGCCAAUGGCAGCCCCACAUCAGGCCUGAGCACCGGGGCCAUCGUGGGCAUCCUCAUCGUCAUCUUUGUCCUGCUCCUGGUGGUUGUGGACAUUACCUGCUACUUCCUGAACAAGUGUGGCCUGCUCAUGUGCAUCGCCGUCAACCUGUGCGGAAAAGCCGGGCCUGGAGCCAAGGGCAAGGACAUGGAGGAGGGCAAAGCCGCCUUCUCGAAAGAUGAGUCCAAGGAGCCCAUCGUGGAGGUGCGAACUGAGGAGGAGCGGACCCCUAACCACGAUGGAGGGAAACACACAGAGCCCAACGAGACCACACCGCUGACGGAGCCCGAGCUGCCUGCUGACACCACAGCCACUGUCGAGGACAUGCUGCCUUCUGUCACCACCGUCACCGCUAACUCUGACACUAUCACCGAAACCUUUGCCACUGCUCAGAACAGCCCCACCAGUGAGACCACCACUCUGACCUCCAGUAUUGCCCCCCCGGCCACGGCCACACCUGACUCAAACUCUGUGCCCGCUGGCCAGGCCACCCCUUCCAAGGGACCUGGCGUCACCACCUCCUCCCCACCCCCAGCUUCAGCCCCCAAGGUCGCCCCCCUUGUUGACCUGAGCGACACCCCCACCUCAGCCCCUGCUGCCAGCAAUUUGUCUUCUAGUGUCCUGGCUAACCAGGGGGCUGUGCUCAGCCCAAGCACCCCGGCCAGCGUUGGGGAGGCCUCCAAGGCCCCUGCGGCGAGCAAGCCAGCCCCUGCACCAGGCCCUGCCUCCGCUGGGACAGCCAGUCCCCUAGCAGUAGCAGCUCCUCCUGCCACAGAAGCCCCCCAGGCCAAGCAGGAGGUUCCCAGCACCAAAGGCCCGGACCCUGAGCCCACCCAGCCCGGCGCAGUGAAGAGCCCGACCGAGGCAGCCACAGCCCUCGCUAGCCCGAAGAGCGAGGCUGCCUCUGUCAGCGCCACAAACCCUGCCCAGGGCGAGGACUUUAAAAUGGACGAAGGGAACUUCAAGACCCCAGAUAUUGACCUUGCAAAGGAUGUUUUUGCAGCCCUGGGCUCUCCUGCUCCCGCCGCUGGGGCCAGUGGACAAGCCCCUGAGCUUGCUCCUUCCACUGCAGACAGCUCUGUUUCGCCUGCACCAGCAAAGACCGAGAAGGGCCCCGUAGAAGCAAAGUCGGAGUCCCAGGAGACAGAAACGAAGCCAGCGCCAGCCGAAGUCAAGACGGUCCCCAACGACGCCACACAAACAAAGGAGAACGAGAGCAAAGCAUGAUGGGUGACAAGAAACGAGCAAAGAUCAAAAUAAAAAGUGACACAACAGCUUCACCAGAGCAUUUCCAAUAUUACACAAACACACACACGCACACACACAAACACACACAUCUCAUUCCUCUAGUGUCUUUUGCCUUUAAAAAAAAACUAAGCAGAUAAACAUGGAAUAUCCUUUUUGUAGGUUUAUAGAAAGGGUUCCUUUGUUGCCCACUCACUUGUAAGAAAAUGAGACAAAAAGGUUAAACCCACAGCCAAACUAGGACACUCCGUUCCCUGAAACCAUUUAAAAAUCAAACAAAAGGACCCCAAAUUAAGAAUCUAGGAAGCUCAGAAAAAAAAUCUAGGUUCAGGAAGACCACACGUGGUGUUGCCCCAUUGGCACAGACCAGUUUCAGAGAAAUACUUCCAGGCACUAAGACUAACCGAAUGAACAAAGUCCAAGUUUAUUUUUAUACUUUCAGUCGAGUUUGAACUCUGUAAAACCUCAUAAAUAAGUUAUAAUUUCUGUUCACUUUGUGAUUUGUUCAGUAUGCAAAGUGUGUCACCCUUUCUAGCUGAAUUCAAUUCCCACGUAGACUCUUGUUUUGUAGGAAGAAUGCCAAAUUGCAGCUUCUGGGGGUAGAUCUCAAUUUGCAGUAUUUGGAUUUCUUUUUCUUUCCUUUUCUUUUUCAUUCCUUUUUUUUUUUUCCUUUCUGCCAACUUUGUUUCCCAGUGUUUACAAAUUGACAAUGUUUGACUUUGGUUGUGUUUAAAUGUCCAUGUAAAAUAGCGGCCUUUUUUUGUUGUUGUUACAAAUACUGCCUAGAGGUGGGCAGGAUCCUCACAGGCUUGCUUUAGCACCGGACAACUUUACAAAAUAUGAUUGUUUACAGUGGCUCUUCUCCCCCUCCCCCAGCCCCCAGUCUGAUUUGAAAUUUUUGCCUGUGUGCGACUCAGGUGAAAAUCCAUCUCAUUCUGGAAUGGUUUUGCUUUUUGGUUCUCGGUUCUUUGUGUGUUUCCUUGGGGGUUAGACCACUUUCUGAUUAGCCACCACCUGGCCUGUCUCUGUGAAAAGGAUCUGCUCCCCAGGCAUCCACGUCCUUCCUUUUGAAGGACUCUUUAGGCUUUGUUGAAUGAAGCAGAGAAGAUUGUAUAGUUGGGGCUGGUCUUGGUGAACACACAUUUUUACCCCCAACAUCCCCUUUUUUGCAGAAAGCCAAAUAAAAUAUAUACAUACAAUUUCCUUUUGAGCCCGGAAUCUAGAUUUGAGCGGAAGAGCAUGUGUGCUUCAGGGAAUUAGUGUCUUUUUUUGGAAAUCUGUUGAAGUAAAGUAACAUCGGCCUUCUGUUCCCUUAGGCAGCAUUUGUGGAAACAAAAAAAAAAAAAAACAAACAACCCUGCUGUCUGGAGUCAUACACAACUUUCCUGGAUUGGAAACCAAGUGGGGGAAAAAAUACAGAAACUUUAAGGGGGAUGGGAGGGGGGAGAAGGGAAAAGCCAGCCCUUUGUAUAGAAAUUUUGCUUUCUUUUCUCAUUCUACUUUAGAACUGCAAGCUUGUGCACUGUGGAUGCGUGACUAUUUUAGUGUGAAACGUGUUUUUGUCAUAGUAUUGAAAUAAAACUUCAACAUAGUUUGGUUGUGGAAGGUAUAGCAGAUAGUUCAGAAAAAAAUAUGCAGGAAACAAAAAUAACUCUUCAAAGGAAUUGAAGCCUUUAAACAAAGAAAAUGGAAUAAAAGAGAUGAUGGUGAUGAAGAUGACACUAGGUUAACAGAAAUCAGUCCUCCAGCGCGCGUUCCUUUCCUAAGGUUCAAAACAGCAAGAGGCGAGGGUGAAGGACUGUCCCUGAGCCCAUACUGUGGGCCACACUCCCCAAUGUUCUGACACUUCUGCAGUCUGAUCAGUGGCAAUAUGCUAGAUUUUAAUUUCAAACUGUGAAAAAAUAAUGGUCUUGUCAUUUGCUAAAUGUGGGGUUAUUUUGCAUUUUCUCAGCUCCCAGGGAUGGAAAUGGAGGAUCCCAGUGUACCCAGCUCUGGCCCCUUCAAUUCUAGGGCUGGUACAAAUCUAUGGUUCAAAUGCACAGGCCCUCAGGAACGAGUAACGUGAAGACGGCUCCUCGAGCAUACGGCGGAACAGGAGCUCCUGGGGUCUGAGACGGAGAGGACCCAGUGGGGAGUGGUGGGCUCUUCCUGUCUCCAGGUUGUCAGUGGAAUCAAUUAUGCAUCUUGUGAUAUUAAUGGCUUUGACUGCCUAGGCCUGACCCACACUAUACCUCAUCGAGACUGUGCAUUUCACUCCGAGUGGUUGUGGUUAGGCAAACUGAUUUUGGUUCUGACGGUUAGGAAGAAAAAGAGGUACAGUCAACCCUCAGAUAACCUGGCCCAGGGCAGCUGACCCCCCACCCACCCACCCAGAACCCUGGCUCCGCCAUUAGCUGGAACUCAAGACUCUGCCCACCUUUUGGUCUGCCCCUGUCCCAUUAUGCAUAGAUUUGUCACCACAUGCAUGAGCUUCCCUUU